AUGAAAACUCCGCAGAAACAUGGAGUAAGACAAUACAACAAAUCUGAAGAUCAACGUCUCCGGUGGACUUCUGAGCUCCACGAACAUUUUGUUGAAGCUGUUGAACGCCUCGGCGGAAAACACAAAGCAACGCCUAAGCGAAUUCUACAGAUGAUGAGCGUGAAAGAACUGAAGAUUUCUCAUGUUAAAAGCCAUCUUCAGAUGUACAGAAGCAUGAAAGGUCCCAAAAACAUCAAUGUCUUGAUACCCAUGAAGAAGCAUCUGCAAGCAGAAAGAACACAACUUGAUGACAUGGGAAUCUCCUCAAUUUUCUCCUCUCAGAGGCUACUACAAGGUGAAUACUUAUUAAAAUCAGAAUGUGAGAGGUCGGAUUCUAAAUAUGAUAUAUUUUCUGAUGAAAGCAAUGGACUCCUACAAACAAGAGAAGAAGGUGGUGAACCGGAUCAGAAACAGGCACAAGCUUUGUUGGUAGAAAGUCUGAGGAAGAAAAUAUUGACAGGGUACCAGCUGAAACUUGUGAGCUCUCAUUGUCAUUCACCCCAUCAAUGGCGUGCUGUACUGCAGAAGAAAGAGAGUUAUGGCCAUUAA